GAGAGUAAGCGAGCGAGAGAGAGAGGGGAAGAGAGAGAGUGUUCUUGCAAUGGUGGACACACAGGGAUUCCAUUCAAACCCAGCCCUGCAAGUUACAGACAUGGCGUACAGGAAGGUACGUGCUGGCCACGGUCCUCUCCAUGUGCGAGAUCUGGAAAGUGAGGAUCUGCAUGCAGCUUCUAUGGAAUUGGAAUGGGACAUGGAGAAGGAACUGGAGGAACCAGGUUUGGACCGCUUCCAGCUGGAGUGUGUGGAGCAUCAGCCUGAGAGCAGCUCUUCUGGCGGGGGCAUGGACCCAGAUCUCGAACCCAUUCAACCCUCCGUCUCCCCCCAUGGACGUUUUGAGCGUCUUCAGGAGGAGCCUAAUUACAUCUCUCGUUUUAGCCGAUCGGUACCCAAGGGCCAGAGGCGGAGUGGGACCUGCCUGGCCAAAUAUCUGCUAUCAGGGGUGGCCGUGUUUGUUCUGGGGCUGCUCAUUGGACGAUACUCCUUCAGCAGGGAGCAAGGGACGGUAGAGCCAAUCGCAGACACAGACGUGCUGGAGAAGAUAGUUCAGGGAAUCACAGCAGAAAAGAUCCAAGCACUGGAGAGGGACUUUGACAGCUUGUCUGAUCUUGGUGAGGAAUCCAAGGUGAGGUACAUUGCUCAGCGGUGGGAGGAGCUUGGAUUAAAAGAUGUCCAGGUGACCAAUCACACGGCUCUUCUGAGCUAUCCAGGACCCACCCACAGCACAAUCGUUGAUAAGAUCAGUAACCAGUGUUAUCUGCCCAGCGGAGCAAGGUGUGACCAACCAUCCACAACUGAACCAUUUGCCUUUGCAGCCUACUCAGCUAUGGGAAAUCUAGAGGCAGAAGUGGUGGAUGUUCAGUAUGGAAGCCAAGAGGAUUUGAGACGUGUCCAAACUAGUACAAAUGUCACCAGCAAAAUAGCACUACUGAAGCUUGGACAAGCACCUUUACUAUACAAGCUCUCUCUUCUGGCAGAGAUGGGGUUUGGUGGCUCUCUUUUGUAUGUGGAUCCCUGUGAUGGUCCAUUUGGGAAUAAGACUUUUGGGGUGACUCUGAACCCAGGUGGGAACCCGUCUUCUCAAGGACACCCCAGGAGCGCUGGGAGAGACAUUCGCCACGACCUGACAUCAUUGCUGGUUCAGCCCAUCUCUGCCUCCUUAGCGAAAGUACUGCUGUCUGCCCCUACCAUGGGGCAGGGUAAACCCUGUGUCCCUAUGGCCAUGCCCUAUGUCUCAGCAAGAAAAAUCAUAAAUCUCACAAUUGAAAACCAGGCAAUCUUCAAGACAGUGCACAACGUUAUCGGAUAUCUGAAAGGCAAGACCAAUCCAGAUCGAUAUGUACUGGUUGGCAGUCGUCAUGGCAGCUGGUACAAAGGUGCGUUGGCGGACUGGGGGAACGGCUCUGCAGUCAUGACUCAGAUCAUCGCCUCCAUGACGGCUCAGACCCGUGCAGGCUGGCAGCCCGACCGAACAAUCAUCUUCUGCUCAUGGGGGGGAACGUCACUGGGCAACAUAGGCUCCAUUGAAUGGGGGAAGGAGCAUGCAGUGGUACUUCAAAGCAGUGCAGUGGCUUAUGUCAGCCUCCAUAGUCCAGUCAGAUCCUCUGGGUCCCUGCAGUCCACAGCGUCACCUUCACUUCUGCAACUGGCCUCUGACAUCCAAAAGAGACACUUGAGUUGCAGUAGAGGUGGUGGUUGUCCUGGCUCACAUGUGAACUCACUGCAGAUGCCUGGAGAUGCUGACUUCUUCUCCAACCAGCUUGCUGUUCCAGUUGUGGAGUUCACAUACACAGAAUUUCCUAAGACAGAGAGAGCGUAUUUCCUCUCAGAGGCCUUUUUCCCUCCUGCGUCUUCAUUAAGAGCAACCUUGGAUCCAGCCUUCAAACUCCAUGAGACUAUUGCCAAGAUAACAGCUGAGGCCAUCCUGCGACUCGCUACUGACCCUGUUCUUCCAUUUUACCCUUUGGAUAUUGCAUUAGAAGUUCAGAACAAACUCAAAGAUGACCCGUUGAGCAGACCAGACCUACUAACCACUGCUGCGUCUUUUAGGGACAGCUCAGCCUUCUUUCAAUCCGAGCUCAUGCGUCCUGCUAAUGACCCUAAAGAGAGAGAUCCUGCCCAUGUACGCAUGCUCAACGAUGUUCUCCGAGACCUAGAAAAAAGCUUUCUUAUCUCAAACCCACCACCUGGCUUUUACAGGAAUAUUCUCUAUGGCUUGAGCAGAGAAACUCCACGCUUCUCUAUCCUAAAGGACGGCCAGGAGGUACCCCGACACAGCAGUGUCAGCCUGUCCCUGACACUCAUAUGCAGUGCAAUCAGUUCAGCUGAGAAACUUGUCCAAAGUGGACUUGACCUGUUUGAGAAUGACAAUGACAUCCCACAAUGACAUCUUGACAAAUAUCUAACCUCAAGGUGUCUCAGUAUGGCACAUCUUCAGGGAUCAUCUGGCUAACAUAGGAGGUUGAGAAUCUGAAGACACUAGAAAAAUAGGACAUCUUAGACUUAAGUGCAAUAUUAACCUGAGGUAUCUGAAGGUCCUUUCUUCAGUCAAAUGCUAAGUCAUUGUUUUUGUCCCUCCAAUUGUGUUCCAAAAAUGUCUCUGCCUUUGUGGUUUCUAUAACGGCGACUUAAGCUAAAAAAUCUUCUAAAGCUAGAAAGAUUUAUGAGAAAAGAGCCAGGGAGCUACACUCUAUAACUUCCAGGGUCAAGACAUUUUGUUCAGGGGGAAAACACCAGCAGGUUUAUCACUAACUUUUCCGGUGUCAUAUAAACCCCAGAGCGUUAUUGGAUUUUGGGACUUGUCUUUUGCAAAAAGUUUGAAAUAUCCUUAGAAUAUAAUUGAUUUGCUAUAUACUGAGGGUAGUAAAAACAAAAAAAGUUCAGCCUCUUGGUCUUCCUGGACUUGCAAUCAACUUGGAUUCUGACUUCCUAAUGCAAAUAUCACUGAAAGCUGUUUGUGAGUUAAAAGAAAGAUAUAGGAAAUUAGUGAUCAUUUAAGAAAGCACCAACGGCUGCAUGUGAUACUGUGCAUCUCUCAGGGGCUUGUAUUGUAGAAAUUUGUAAAAUAAUAGAAAUGCAAAGAAAUGCUUGUUUCAGUGUUCCAAAAAUGUUUGUACAUUUUAUUCAGUCUUUAAAUAGGUAAAGUUUAACUAAUAACAAUACUAAGAAAGCUUCAGUCAACAAAACAAGAUUUAAGGGUAAUCAUUGUUCUGCUAAAAAGAAAAACAGUAGAGUAUGAAUAUCUAUGUGAAUAAAAUAGUAAUAGAUCGGGGUAAUGUUUUUAGUUUAUAGAUCAUGAAUCAAAGGUGAGUGUGAAUGUGAACGAAGAUAAAUCUUGAAGAGGAGUCUGAUGGGUCUGCUGUUCUGUCUGGGUGACAUUCUACCAAUGAGAAGUCAGAAUGGAGAAGGUUUUAGACCAAACAGAUGAAGCAGAUCACAGUGGAGGUUUAUGAAGUCAUAAUGCACUGUAUGGGGACAUGGCAUUGGCUACAAUGCAGGCAAAAAACAAUGUCUCCAAUUUGAUUCUGGCAGCCAGUGUGUUUGUUCUCAGCGUUUCCACUAGCUGUUUCUAUGGUAAUGUCUUUUUUGGGGAAAAUGAGGAUCUUGAGAGUUGCAAUUAAUAACUUCACUUUUACUUUAGAUACUUUAUACUUUUAGAUGUCUGCCUUUAAAUAUGAAAAAAAAAAAAAACAAAAAAAAAAAACAGCUUAAUUAGAAACACAAGAUUCAGGGAGUCUAGCUUGACUAAGCUUUAAUUUAUGUACGUGCCUUUGAGUGAGUCAUACUGUACGUGCUUUUCGAGCAGCCAUUUGCACUCCAAGAUUCAAAUACCAAACAUUUACCAAAACAUGUUGUACUGUUGUAUUUAUUUAAUAUUUCAUUUGUGGAGCUGUUUGAAAGGUUUGCAAAGUUUUGAAAACUUUUUGUUGAAGGGUUGUUUGACAGUUAUUUUAGAUCUGUUUUGUUAUGAUAAUUAUUAUUUUGUAUUGUUUUUUACCUGUUUAGUAAGCCCCUCUAACACAUUUUUCCCAGAGAAUUGUCUAAGACUUCAGACACAAUGUUGCAUUUCUGGAGCACCAUUUAAAAUUGUGCAUUAUUGCUGUAGUUAACAGAGUCCGCCUUUCCUUAUUUAUUGUGACAAACUAUAUUAAACAGCUAGCUUACAACACUAAGCCUUACCUAAAAGAGUCCUCCUUUGCAUUGCACUAAAAUUAAAUGUUAAACUGUCAUCCUGUAUGUGUGUUUUGCUUAGUGCUAUUGUAUUUAUAUAUUUUAUUUCCAAAAUACUAUAUAUGUCAGUACUGAUAAUUAACCUGCCUUUUUUCACCCUAGAUAAUUUUCAGGCUCAGUCCUACAUUCAUAUUUUACAGCAUUUGUAUGAAUUUUAUAUAAUGUGAAAUAUCUUCAAACUGCAGCUGCAAGUUGCAUGAGAUGUUUUGUACUUAGGUUAGGGUAGAGAGGGUUGUUUUAUUUAGAGUUAGAAUAAUAUUCUCUCUUACAGUCUGAAUAAUUGCUUGGAAACUGAAAUUGCUCAUACAUUUGAUUCUCAUAAAUCUCUCUAAAUAAAUAUAUGAUUACAAAAAUACUGUUUAUCCCAGAACUGUUGUGGUACUGUCAUCCAUUUAUACUGAAAUAGUAAAUGCAGUGCAUGUUAAAAGCAUUCUUUUCUAUGGCAUGUCAAAAGCUUGUGAAACUCCUGGUGUGGAGAACGAGACCUCUACCUGAGCAUACUUCAUAUCAGUGUGUUUGGUGACACGCACUAAAUGACAUUUUAGUGCGUCCAACGUCGUUCAGUAAAUGACUUUGUUUUGCCUCAGUGGACUACAGAGGUUGAAUCCAGACAUUCUUUUAAACCCAGUGGGGCAUUAAAUAUAAUUGCUUUAUCUUUAGUAUGUUGUCUUGUGGACCCACAUGGGUCAGAAAGCAGCUAAUGGCUGGACAAUAUGAACACACUGUAGCUGUUUAAAUUGAUGGAAGGUUUUAUCCACAGUGUGUUGGAGUGUAAUGUAAAUUCAAAAUGCACUUAAGUGGUAUAAGGGAAGAGCACAUUCAAAUGCAUGUUUUUUUUUUUUUUUUUUUUUUUUUCUGUUGAAUGUGUAUGCCAUUUAAGACAAACCAAUCCUAAGGCAAUAAAUACCAGUG